GCAUCUGAUGUCGUUCCCCAUCAGAGCCGUUGCGCUCUGGUACCUGAUGUCGGUUCUCGCCCGGUAGGAGAGGGUCCCCGUAAUCCUAUUGUAAUCGACCGUGAUGGUGAUGAGUCGGCGGCUGUGGAGAACAUUGAUAUGCAGACAAGAAAGAUUCUGAAGCCACGCUCAAUUCAAACUUGUCGUUAUCCACUUAGAAGUCGUAGUGAUCAGCAGCAACAGGAACAAGUUCAGGGGCAACGCCGGCGCCAACAAAAUCUAGUGCCUGCCCAAAUUGCAACUUUUGAGUCCAGCGAGGGCGAUUGGUGCAAAUCAACUCACAGCCCUGUCGGAGAUGGUUACAUUCAGCCACAGGUUCAACCCCAAAGGCAAUACGUUCCAGUGGAACCUCAAAGUCAACAGGUCCAAACUAACAAGAAUGGAUCUGGUGAAACUCGACAAGUCCCACUGGACCCCCAGGGAUUUGUUCCGUCUAAAAAUGGGAGAGACCCGUCCAGGCUUCAGAGAAAACGCAGACGAGGAGAGGGUCGAAAAUUCCGGGAGAAUGCACCCGCCCCAGAUAUUUCUCGAACAAGCGGACAGAAACGCAGUCGCGAUGAGUCAUCUUUGGCCGAGGAGAGCCAAAUUCAGGCAGAUCCCAGACCGGCCAAAAGCGCACGCACAACUCUGCACGCAGCUCCCUUUCAAGGACUGAGACACGACGUAGGGUUCCUUGGAGAGACCGAGGUUUACGAACGUUUCAAGAGCGUACUUGGUGAUGAUUGGGAUUACCGCAACUGGACAAGUCACUUCCGAGCGGAUGCCGGCUAUCCCGAAUUUAUCGAGUCGGAGAUGGGCAUUGCCGACUUUACCUUCACGGACGAACAUGGCAAAAUGAAAAGCUACCUUGUUAGUCAAGGUUUCGGCCCUGAUCCGAAGUGGUCUAACAAGACUACCUUCCAUCUGGAAGUCAAGACGACGCUUAAAAACAAAACAGGUUAUAAGCUGAGCCGGAGCCAAAGGGAAUUGCGUGAGAUUGCCCGACGAGAUCCCAACAUGGUCUUCCUGGUCGUCCGCAUGUAUGACAUCGAAGGUCAAAGCGGGGCAAGAUGGGCAUUCUACUUCAACGAUGAGAUGGGCUAGGAAUUGGCCGCGCCCACCGGGACUACAAGAUAUUGGAGACACCGAAGUAAGAGGAAUCGAGUUGGGCAUCUGAAGUUAAGAAAUGAUUCUCACUUUGA